AAACGGCUUGAAUCCAAGGAGUGCAGGGCAGAAAUACAGCCAAAAAGAAGAAACUGUCGCUGGACGGAACAAAUACUGCAGAGAAAUAAGUUUCUCCUCCCAGAGAAGCGUGAAGCGUGCGGGGCGUCAGGAGUGUGUCGGAUUCGGCUGCAGGUAACAACGCACCCUUUAUGUGCGCUCUGGAGGCGGGGGCAGCUCUGGGGUGGGGUGGACCGGAGGAUCCGGUUUCGCCGGCAGACAAACACACAGAGGUUUGCCGCUUCUCCGCUCACUCUCCACCGCAUGCUGUUGCAGCACAGAGCGCGCUGUUCUGGAGGAGUCUGGACACUGAGACACGCUCUGACAUCUCUUCUUCUCUGUGAUGUUGAUAGACCUGUGAAGAUCAGAAGCAACCCGUGAUGAAACAUGCAGAUGACUCUGAACAGAUUAAGCACGUCAUACAGACUGCCUGAAAACUCAAAAUCUUGGUCUUUUCAGCAACACUGGACUGUUGAAAUUAAUUUCAAAUGAACAGCCUCCAAACUAGUUUGUAUGGACCACAGGCAUGGACGUCUAAUGGCUAAACCUUCAAUGAAUGGUUUUCUCUUUUGGGUCUUUGGGAAUGCUGUAGAAUGGAGGAUCCAUUCCAGACAUUCUCUCAAGGGUCUGUCACGCUACCUCCAAGAAGAAUGAGCAAUUUUCACCAGAUGGAGAUAUGCGCUUGUCGCUACUGAACUGGUCUAAUGGUUCAUUUGUCUGGACAGAGAACUAAAAGGACCUUGAAGACGAGGAAGUGGCCGUAACUUGACCCAUGACAAAGUAUGUGCAUGAAGAGCCAGGCUGAAGUUUAAAGAGCGGGAGAAAUGGGAAUCAACAGUAGAGUUUUGAACAAAACUUGCUUUGUGGUCUACACCUGGGAAAUAUGAGACUUUAGCCGACAGACGAAACACAAACAGUUCUUCUUCUUUUUAAUCAAAGACAUACCCUAGUGACUCCAGCAAGUGGUUCUGGCCAUUGGCUGAUCUUAUCGUCUUGUUUUUGAUGGUACGCAGAGAUGCCCCAGCUUUAUUGAACUACGUCAUCCUACCCACCUUGUUGUUGAGGUUGUCAGUUGUGAUGCUGCGCAGGGGUGUGCUGGCCUGGCUCUCACGUGUGGGUGUCCUGUUAGUGGUGGUAUGCUGUUGUCUUUCCCUCCUUUAUGUCAUCACUUGCAGCCCUCACGCCGAUGAGCCCAUGGCUGGUCAACCCCUGCCCAGGGUUGGAGGGAUGGCUAUGCCGGGAGGUCCAAGCAGGCCAGGUGGGGUUGGAGGUGCCCCCAUUGGCCCCGCAGGACGGGAAGGGUUCCAAGCCCUUCUUCAAGAGCGAGAAGAGCAGCACCGGCAGCAUAUUGCCAGCUUGAAAAAACAAAUCGCUCAACUCAAAGAGGCUCUCCAGGAGCGGAGCGAACAACUUAAAGGCAUGCAGGACUCUGUGGAGAAGACGGCUGGGAAGGGGACGGUGGGUGACGUGGCUGAUGAACACAGUCAUAGUGACCUGCAGGAGUUCCUACGCAGCCAGGUGAGCCGGGCGGAGGUACACUCUGGGGUACGACUUCCGAGCGAGUAUGCCGUGGUGCCGUUUGAGAGCUUUACCUUACAACGCGUCUACCAGCUGGAAAUGGGGUUGACCCGUCACCCUGAGGAGAAGCCGGUGAGGAAGGACCGCAGGGAUGAACUGGGGGAUGUGGUGGAGAGUGCGCUUACACUCCUCAAUGCGCCAAAUCAAGGUGGAGACAAAGUGAAAGCCAGUAAGGUCUACACGCCAUCAGACUUUAUAGAAGGCAUCGCGCGCACUGAGAAGGACAAGGGCACGCUGUACGAGCUGACCUUCCGCGGAGAGCAGAAACAGGAGUUCCGCAGGCUGCUUCUCUUCCGCCCCUUCGGCCCCCUCAUGAAAGUGAAAAGUGAGCUGGUGGAGACGGCCAACAUGCCCAUUAACAUUGUGCUGCCUCUGUCCCAGAGAGCUGACAAAUUCAAACAGUUCAUGCACAACUUCAGAGAGGUGUGUGUGAAGCAGGACGGGCGGGUGCACCUUACCGUGGUUUACUUUGGAAAGGACCAGAUGAAUGAGGUGAAAGGAACCUUGGAGAACACAUCGAGGGAGCUGAAUUUCCGUAACUUCACUCUGAUUCAGCUGAAUGAGGAGUUUUCUCGGGGUCGAGGGUUGGAUGUGGGCGCCCGUGCUUGGAAGGGAGGCAAUGUGCUGCUCUUCUUCUGUGACGUGGACAUCUUCUUCACAGCCGAUUUCCUGAACACAUGCCGUCUGAAUGCCCAGCCUGGAAAGAAAGUGUUUUACCCCGUUCUCUUCAGCCAGUACAACCCAGCUGUCAUCUACGGCAGUCAUGAUCACAUCCCCCCUGUGGAACAGCAGCUGAUCAUUAAGAAAGACACUGGCUUUUGGAGGGACUUUGGCUUUGGAAUGACCUGCCAAUACAGAUCUGAUUUCAUCAAUAUAGGUGGUUUCGAUGUGGACAUUAAAGGCUGGGGUGGCGAGGACGUCCACUUGUACAGGAAGUACCUUCACAGUAACCUGCUAGUAGUGCGCGCCCCGUCACGCGGCCUCUUCCACCUGUGGCACGAGAAGCGCUGCGCUGACGAAUUGCCUCCGGACCAGUAUAGAAUGUGCAUGCAGUCCAAAGCUAUGAACGAGGCCUCGCACGGCCAGCUGGGCAUGCUGCUCUUCAGACACGAGAUCGAGGCGCAUCUCCGGAAACAAAAACAGCGAAGCGGAGCUAAAAAAGCUUGAUGGAUGUUACCUCUCUUAUAUAUGCUCUUAAAGGGACAGUUCACCCAAAAAUGGAACAUUCUGUCCUGAUUUAGUAAGCCUCAUGACAUUUCACAUUGUUUGUUCUGUGGAAGCAGAGCUCUGGUGCUUCUUUUCGCUGUUUUUACAGUGGAUAUUGACUGACUGAAGCUUCAAAAAAAUAGAGGCAGCAUUCAAAAGUGGUCCAUUUUUUUGUUUCUAUUGUAUGGCUUCAGAAGUCUUGGAAUAUUGCAUAAAAAUAAGCACACUGCCAUCCAAAAGUUUGGAAUAAUUAUAAUUUUGAAAACAUCUCUUGUGUUUACAAAGGCUGCAUUUCAAAAUGCAGCAUUCAUAAUGUUACAAAACAUUUAUAUUUCAAAGAAAUGCUGUUCUUUUAACUUUUUAUUCGAAGAAUCCUGACAAUUGAGCAUCAAUAAUAACUAAGAACCAAAUCAGCAUAUUAGAAUGAUUUCUGAAGGAUCAUGUGACACUGAAUACUGGAGUAAUGAUGCUGAAAAUUCAGCUUUGCAUCACAGAAAUAAAUUACAUUUUAAAAUAUAUUCCCAUAGAAAACAGGUAUUCUGAAUUGUAAUAAUAUUUCACAAUUUUUCCAUUUUUACUAUAUUUUUGAACAGAUAAAUUCAGCCUCGGUGAGCAUAAGAGACUUAAACAAUAAAUCUUAAUUUCUCCCAAAUGUUUGAUUGUACUCGCCUGGAAAAGAGCAACCCGUAUUUUUUUCAUUAUUUCUCUUUUUAUGUUCCACAAUGAAGGAAAAUAAUUUGGUUUGGCACGAGUAAAUGAUGACAGAAUUCAUUUAUUAUAUGCAUGACAGGGGAAGUGAAGAAAUUAUACAGUACUGCCUUCAGUGAAGAGCCGGUUUCAGUAAAACUGAUGCACACACACAUAUGCAAACCCAAACACUGAGAUAACCAA